UUCCUGGUCUCCUGAGGAAUGUUGCUGGUUUUUCUACUUGAUAAUUUUAGAAUUCAAAAUAAACAUCAGUAGGCCGAGAUUGGAAAAUUCUGCCACACAAUCUUCACUCCCCUUUCCUUCCAUACGCGCGCACAUGCAUUUACAGUCACCUUGUUUAUGGAGGAAAGAUCAACCUUUGGCUCGUUUUCUGUUAUGAAUUUCAAACACACAAAGAAAGUAUCUGAGUAAACCAGCAAGCACCCUCCGAGCCCAGUUAUCUUUACUAAAGAAGGGAGAGGUUCACCCUGAACACUUCAGCUUGGGGGAAGGGCUCUCUGAGGGCUUUCUGUACAUUUACCAUUUUUAGACAAAAUCAUGCUUUUACUUCUCCCCAAUCCAAAUACUAGCUGUCGUUUGCUGCUGCUUGUGUUUUGGUGAGGAAAAUCCUGCUAAAGUUUGAGGACAUGAUGGAGAGGUAAUUGGUCCUUUACUGUCCACAUGUUAAAAAAAGGAUUACAUUGAUUGAUGUUACUUUGUUUCCUACUUAUCUCCAGGCGUGCUCCCACCUCACCCCCAGUGUGCUUUAGCUCAAAAUUUACCUUAGUUUAAAAUAUGCUGUCUGGUUGAGGGUAUCUUGAAAUCUUUUUUGUACAUAAUUCUUAAAUGUUCCAAAGUAGCCACUGUGCAUGUGACCUGUUCAUGAAUGCUGCCCUAUUCCCUUUUCCAGUAGCAUUUAAUUUACAAAAGGUAAUUCUGAAGCUGUGAUUUUGCAAGAACAUAAGAAUGUAAAUGAAGCCACAUUAAUUUCCAGCUUAAUAGGAACAUGAGAGGUAAGAGGGGAGCAGUGCUUGCUAAAUAGAAACAGCAAAAGUGUAUGGAGAAGGAAUUAUUUUGCAUUCCCUUUAAGGACCCCAUCUGACUCCUAUGGAAGUCUAUGGAAAGGCUCCUCUUAACCAUAAAUAAUGGGGUAAAUUGGAAUGGACACUGCACACUAUCUCUUGAAUUGAAAUAUUUUGGCAUCCUGCUUCUCCCCUUUUAGGUUGGUGCUACAGUGGAGUGAAUGUCUUCAAGUGGCAAAAUUGGUUCCUUUUAUAUUGUGAAAAGAUGGCAUGAGCCUCAAAAAUGGUCAGGAUCACCUGUGUCAAUAUUUGGGGUGAAAAAGAGGAACUAUAGUUCUUGUCAGUUUGUGGUGGGUGCAGUCCGUAUACAGCUAUGCCAGUUCCCAGUUUGCUUUUCUAGUAAGAUAUGGAGCUAGAGUCAUUCUGGCUUCUGUGUAGCAAGGAAUUGAUAGUGUUGAGUGUGGUGCAAGAGGCAUUUGAGGCUUCUUUUCACAAGUGAUUUCUGAAGCAAGUUCUGCUUCCUAAUAUCUCAGUUGACUAGGGUGGCAACUUCCAGUCCGCUCUGUCCUUCCUACAUCUGCCAAUUUCCAGUUUAUCUGGCGUAGGAUUUAGCCUAGCAAAAAAAGUGUUGUAAAAGGAAACCUGAAUCUGGGUUAGCAUCCCUGCUUGAUUUAAGAAUGUAUUGAAUUACAUAUCAAAGGAAAAUGGCUCUAAGGAGAUCCUGUAACAAAAAACUUUUGAAUCUGAAAUCUAAGACCAAAAAACCCACCUAAUUCACUACAUCUUCAGAGCAUAGAGAACUGGGUACUGUGAUGAUUAUAUACUCAUAUUGUGUAUGGAUAGCUUUCUGAACUACAGUGCUUCUCUGAACAGAAAUUACUCACUUCCUUGCAGUUUAGAUGUUCAAUCUUCAUACCAGUUUUAAAAAAAAAAUUCUGGACCCACUGAGAGAGAACAUGAUGAAACUGUCCCAUCCCUGGUAAACUGGAAAGCUCUCCUUUUAUAGAAGAUGAAUUCUUUCCCAAAUCACUUUAUCAUUUGAGGUGCUUGGGUCAGCCUAGAUCAAAAAUGUGCAUUUUUUCCCUCUGCCGUUGGAUCCUCUUUCUCGAGCAUGUUUGAGGGAAGAGAAGAGGGGCAGGAAAAUGCCUAUGGUCAGGUUAAAUCUGAUGUGUGUCUGUGAUUUAGAAGAUGCUUCUUGGUAGACAAUUGUGACCCGGGGUGCGGGGGGCGCCAUGUGUGGUCUUUAUUGUAAAUCUACCGUUAUAGUUUUAUGUCCAGAAAACAAAGAUGCUAAGAAAUUGCUCUGGCUUGAUUUCAGAGCAUCUUUAACCCUGAAGUUGGAGGCCCUUAUUCAUUGAUGCCAGCCCUAAUAAAACUGCCCCACACACAGGAGGGUAAACCAUUGAACCAUAUGCCUGGUUUUGGUGUGGCUUCUGUAAUGAAUACUGUUGCAUUCUAAUUUCCAGUGUGACAUGGGAUGGAUACCCCAAAGAAAUGCCCUAUCACAGCGUUCUUCACCUGGUCCUGCUGAUGCUCUCUGGAGUAGUGGUCCCUGCUGUCCUAAGAGCAGAGUAUCCCCAAGGACCUGCCCCCACGCUAUGGAAUGAGCCGCCGGAGCUGCCGUCGGGAGGGGGCCCCUUUGAUGCUGCCACCACCACAAGCCACUUCUCGGACUCUACAGGCUUCCCCCUGUACACCUCAGAGUAUGAGCCUGAGGACACCACAGACCUGCACCAUCUGGAUGAUAACGGGUCUCUGGGUCCUGGAGCCAUCAGUGCCAUCGUAAUCGCUGCUCUCCUGGGCACGUCUGUGAUUGUGGCCCUGAUCGUCAUCACCCUGCGAAAAUUCUCUGCCUCCUGAACUCAAUAAAAGAUUUUUCUUAAUA